AUGGAUAACGAUGAGUAUUUUUAUGUUCCUGACUUCAAAAAGCAUGAAGUUAGACGAUGGAGAAUAGGAGAUAGUUAUGGAAUAGUAGUAGCAGGUGGUCAUGGACAAGGUCAUCGUCUCGAUCAACUCAAUAGUCCUUGUUAUAUCUUUAUCGAUCAAGAUUAUUCAGUGUAUAUAUCAGAUGAGAAGAAUCAUCGUGUGAUGAAAUGGAUAAAAGGUGCAACAGAAGGAAUUAUCGUUGCGGGUAGUCAAGGUCAAGGACAUGGUCUAGCUCAAUUGUCUUGUCCCUGUGGAGUAAUUGUUGAUCAGUUAGGUACUGUCUAUGUGGCAGAUUGUGACAACAAUCGAGUAAUGUGCUGGUCAAAAGAGGCUAAACAAGGUACUAUAGUUGUUGGUGGAAAUAAUGAAGGAAAGCAAUCGAAUCAACUCUAUUAUCCUCAAGAUUUAUCAUUUGAUCGACAAUACAAUCUCUAUGUUGUUGAUUAUGGCGACGAUCGAAUACAACGAUUCAAUAUUGAUUCAAGUUCUAGUUGGUCGGGAUAUAGAGAAACUUAG